AGGACGCAGGCGCGCAGUCAGAAAACACGAGUCUGGAGCUGAGGGACGCCGUGCGGGUCUGAGGUGCAGAUCUGUGGAAGGAUGGAGCCACUGAAGGUGGAAAAGUUCAAGACCGCCGACCGGGGAAAUGGGCUGCGUGCUGUGGUCUCACUACGCCCCGGGGAGCUGCUCUUCCGCUCUGACCCUUUGGCGUACACUGUGUGCAAGGGGAGUCGUGGCGUAGUCUGCGAUCGCUGUCUCCUGGGGAAGGAAAAGCUGAUGCGGUGUUCUCAGUGCCGAAUCGCCAAAUACUGCAGUGCCAAGUGUCAGAAAAAAGCUUGGCCUGACCACAAGCGAGAAUGCAAAUGUCUUAAAAGCUGCAAGCCCAGGUAUCCCCCUGACUCCGUGAGACUUCUGGGCAGAGCCGUCGUCAAGCUUAUGGAUGAAAAACCCUCAGAGUCAGAGAAACUUUACUCGUUUUAUGAUCUGGAGUCCAAUAUUAACAAACUCACUGAAGAUAAGAAGGAGGGCCUGAGGCAACUUGCAAUGACCUUUCAGCAUUUCAUGAGAGAAGAGAUACAGGAUGCUUCUCAACUGCCGCCUUCUUUUGACCUUUUUGAAGCCUUUGCAAAAGUGAUCUGCAACUCAUUCACCAUCUGCAAUGCGGAGAUGCAGGAGGUUGGCGUUGGCCUGUACCCCAGUAUGUCUUUGCUGAAUCACAGCUGUGACCCCAACUGCUCAAUUGUGUUCAACGGGCCCCACCUCUUACUGCGUGCAGUGCGGGAAAUCGAGGCAGGAGAGGAGCUCACCAUCUGCUACCUGGACAUGUUGAUGACCAGCGAGGAACGCCAGAAGCAGCUGAGGGACCAGUACUGCUUUGAGUGCGACUGUAUCCGAUGCCAAACCCAGGACAAGGAUGCUGAUAUGCUAACGGGUGAUGAGCAAAUAUGGAAGGAGGUUCAAGAAUCACUGAAACAAAUUGAAGAGCUGAAGGCACACUGGAAGUGGGAGCAGGUUCUGGGCCUGUGCCAGGCGAUCAUAAGCAGCAACUCUGAACGGCUUCCCGACAUCAACAUCUACCAGCUGAAGGUGCUCGACUGUGCCAUGGAUGCCUGCAUCAACCUGGGAAUGCUGGAGGAGGCCCUGUUCUACGCCAUGCGCACCAUGGAGCCCUACCGGAUCUUUUUCCCUGGAAGCCAUCCCGUUAGAGGUGUGCAAGUAAUGAAAGUUGGCAAGCUGCAGCUACAUCAAGGCAUGUUUCCUCAAGCCAUGAAGAAUCUGAGGCUGGCCUUCGACAUUAUGAAAGUGACCCAUGGCCGAGAGCACAGCCUGAUUGAAGAUUUAAUUCUUCUCUUGGAAGAAUGUGAUGCCAACAUCAGAGCCUCCUAAGGACAGCCAGAGGGACAGGGGAGGUGGCGCACCCUCAUUGAACGCCUUACUGAGGUCACACACUCUGUGAUACCUGCUGUGUGACCCUCCUGUAGAAAAUGCCAUUCUGUGUUUGUGUGGGUAGAUGUGUUUCCGUGGUGUGUUGUGAGAAGAUCUAUUCAUGGUAGAGCAGAACCAUUACAAUAAAUGCGAAAGAUGAGUUGAAAAUGCCAUCUGGCAGCUUGGCUUUGCCUGCUCAUAGGUGAUUUGGUAGUUAAGAUCUCAGUAUUGGAAAUAGGAACUUAUCAAAACUAGGAUGGAAGGCUGGGUGGUGGCGCACACCUUUAAUCCCAGCACUUGAGAGGCAGAGGCAGGUGGAUCUCUGAGUUCAAGGCCAGUUGGGUCUACAUAGUGAAUUCUAGGACAGCCAGGGCUAUGUGGCGAGACCCUGUCUCAAAAACAAAAGAAAUCAAAAAUAGGAUGGAAUAAAUUAAAACUUCCUUUUUGGAUGUAUAUAGAGGUAAUGGAUUAAAAUAAUCAUUUUCACAUGUACUCUAAACACAAGUGUACGUCCAUUUUAUCAAGAAGCAGAUUUUUCAUUGUUGUUCUUUUUAUUUUUAUUGACAUGUACUUAAUAAUGUGAUUAGCUGUGAUAUUUCGGUGUUUGAAUACACGUGUCCAGCAUAUACCUAUUAAAGGACAAAUCUGGCCUCCCUUUUAUUUCCUGCCUCUUCAGUUCCCCGUUUCUCACAAUCACCCAUCCUAACUCUCACACACAAGGGAGAAAGUAUCACACUUGUCUCUGUCCCUGGCUUAUUUUACUUCCUAUCAUUUUUUUCAGUUCUAUCCAUUCUGCUACAGAUGACAGAAUUUCACUCAUCUUUACGGCUGAGUAAUAUUCCGCUAUUUAUAUGUAUUUUGUUUUUCUUCGUGCAUGUCGGUGAGGACCUAAGGUGAUUACAGCCUCAGCUGUUAUGAAUAGCUUCACGGUAGACAUGGACAGACAACCAUGUCUGGGGUUUACAGAUUUAAUUGCCUUUUGACAUAUACCAGGAAGUGGGAUGGCUGGAUCCCACGGUGGUCCUAUUUUCCCUUCUUAGAUGGCCCUCCAUACUGGCAUUCUGACUAAGGUUCCCACCGACAGUGUAUGAGUUCCUUUUCUCCAUGUUCACGCCAGCAUUUGUCACCUGGGGGUAUGCUUGCCCAGUCAUUGACUAUAACAGCGUAUAACUGCAUACGUGAUAUUUCGUUGUAGUUUCAGUUUCCCUGAUGACUGAUGAUAUUGAUCGUGUAUUUGUGACCGAUCAAAGCAGUUGCUCAUUUUGUAAUCAGAAUCUUGCUUUUUGAAUCCCUUACAUAUUGUAAAUACACUAUGUAUUAUGAUAUAAAUCCUUCAUUGGGAGGAUAGUUGGCAAACAGUUCUCUCAUUCUAUAGCUUGGCUUUUCCUCCAUUGUUUUGUGUGCUGUGCAGAACUUCACUGUCAUCGUUUGUCUGUCUCUGGGUUUGUUUCCUCUGCUUUUAUAAUAAAAAAUAAUGGCCUAGUCCAGCAUCUCUGAUAGCCGUUACCCUUACUGACAUGUCUCCAUGCAUGUUUCCAGUUCAAAUCUUGCAUUUGGUCUUUGAUCCACCAUGAGCUGCGUAUUUGUGCAGAAUGAAAGAUAAAAGUUCGGUUUCCAUCUCUUGCAUGUGGGUGUCUGCUUUUCCUGCACACCUUGUUGAAGAGGCCAGCCAUACAGCCUGCAUAGUUUGGGAGCCUUUGUCAAGAAUGAGCUGGUCCUCGGUGUGCGAGCCGACCCCUGGGCUCUCUGUCCUGCUCCACUGGUCUGUGUGUCUCUUAUUACUCUAUAACCACACUGCUUCUGCCAUCAUGGCUCUGUAGUACAUCUUGAAAUGAGGCCCCCGAUGCCUCCAGCCUCAUUCUUUUUGUAGAAGGUUGUUUUAUCUGUUCUGAGUCUUUGGUGAAGAAGCAGAAUUUUUGAGACGUUGUCUUUACUCCUCUGUGAUCAAUAACUAAGUACUUUUUUUUCUUUCUGAAUACCUCUCCAACCCAGGAAUCCUUAUCUCAAAGCCUAGGACUAGGUCAUUUCAGACAUUACUAGAAAAGGAUGUAAGUCUCACACAAAAAGAAAAGGAUACUGACUUAGCUCUUUGUGUAAAUCUUAUGAGCAUUUUGUAAUUCUUCGUGUAUGUUAUUAUUUUCUUAAACUUCUUUUUUUCUGUAAUUGCUUGAAUCUGUGGUUUGGUGUGUUACUGAGCAGAGCAGAAAGCUCUCUUGUCCUACAGUAAACUGUUCUCACCCUA